AUGAACAAGGAUAUGCUCUUAGCUCCACCUUUUCCCAUGGCUCUUCGAUCCAAGAAAAUGGUAAAUAAUGCUCUAGAAAUUUUUGAAGUUCUCAAGCAAGUCAAAGUCAAUAUACCACUCCUUGACAUGAUUAGACAAGUUCCAGCUUAUGCCAAAUUUCUUAAGGAUUUGUGUACCAUAAAGAGAGGGAUGCAUUUGAAAAAGAAAGCUUUCUUAAUUGAACAAGUUAAUGCAAUCACCCAAUGCGAGAGUCCAAUCAAGUACAAGGAUCCGAGAUGUCCAAUUAUCUCAGUGAAGAUUGGCAACACUUUUGUGAAAAUAGCACUUUUAGAUUUGGGGGCAAGUGUGAAUCUUCUUCCCUACUUGGUAUAUAAGAAAUUGGGGCUUGGAGAACUAAAGUCUACUUCCAUCACACUUUCAUUGGCGGAUAGAUCGGUUAAGCUUCCAAAAGGAAUUAUUGAAGAUGUGUUGAUCCAAAUCGAUAACUUCUAUUAUCUAGUUGAUUUUGUGGUGCUUGAUACAGAACAAAGAACUAGUGGACUCAACCAUGUUCCUAUUAUACUUGGUCGACCUUUCCUUGCCACAUCAAAUGCAUUGAUUAAUUGUCGAAGUGGGGUGAUGCAACUUACCUUUGGUAACAUGACAAUUGAGCUAAACAUUUUUCAUUCAUGUAAGAAACAUGGUACCAAAGAGGAGCAGGAACUUAAGGAGGCUCAUUUGAUUGAAUUGCCUAUGAAAGAGCUAGUGAAAGAAAAUGUUGAAAAUAAUUUUUCAAAACUUGGUGAAGCAAUUUCCAAUGAAUAG